CCUGUUUCAUCGCCUCCUAUUUUACAAAGGAUAUGUGUUCCUUGUCCUACUGUGCUUUAUGUCCUAUAUCUGCCCGUGCCUUCGGUACGCACAAGUGAAGCUGACGACCUCUGCUGUCCUUUGUCCACGACUAUGAAGCGUGUUCUAAAGCAGCAUACACCGUGGAAACGUCGUCCUGGCGCUUUGGACUGCUGUGGAGAGCGUUAUCAUGCCGCCGGGGGCCUACAAUUGCCAGACGAGAUCAUAUUGGAAAUCGUUUCUUUGAUUGACGAGGAACGGGAAUCGCAUCAUGCACCUUGGUACUUUGCGAAAACCGUCCUCCAGCCCGCUCUGGCUGCCGUAUGUCUCCUAAAUAGACAAUGGUAUGAUGCAGCAGUCGGGAUUCUAUACAAAGACGUCUUCCUAUUCAACACACGUUCUCUGGCCGUAUUUUCUCAUACGAUGUAUAAACGGAAACACCUUCGACCACUAGCCCAAUCUGUCUUUUUCACGCAAGUUUAUUCCGAUGACGGAAAUCACUGGAAAGGGUUUUCCAAUUGGUGGGAUCUUAUGAGGGUAUAUGAACUAUGCCCGAACUUGCACUCCGAGACGUUGAAGAAACGUUUCGCUUGGUCUACUCGUGCCAUCCCGAGCGCCCUGCUUGAUCGCUCUCGCCAACGCUAUCAUCAUCGGAUUUCACGUUUCGACAUUAAUGCGCUUACGCGGUUGGAGGUCGAGUCUCAGAAAGCGUCUAUGGAUGUCUUUUUCACAUCAGAUCUUACCCUCGCCGCCCUUGAGGACCUCGUCGUUAAAAACUACCAUUAUUAUGGCCCCCCGUUCGACGGACCAUUCGAAUGGCCCAAUAUGCCCCGCCUAAGAAGACUUUGCCUGAGAAAUUGCACGAUUUUCUCUGAAUCCAUCUCUUUUCCGACACCAAGUCCGGAGAAUGGAGGAUUACGUGCACUGGAGAUUAUCGGAGGGAGCUUAUGUGUGUCCGAUCCAUGGGAAAAGCUAAUAGCCAUCGGCGGAUCGCUUGAACUCCUGACCUUCGCGCCAUCAUACUUCUUCAAUACCCCGCAGGAUGGUCAACUCCAGCAUUUCACUUCGCUCGUCAUAUUGCGAAUCCCAAGUCGCUGUUUCGCGUGUACAUGGCUUACACCAGUCAUCCUCCCACCACAGCUCAUUCACCUUAUCACUAUCGAAAUACCAGUUAAUGAAUGUCAGAAUUUACACGAGUCGCUAGAUUGUGUUAUGGGUGUUAUAAAUCAGCGCAAAGACGGAACGGCGUAUCAAACGUUGGAGACGAUUCGUUUGAAUGCAAGCGUAGCCGAGGAGCACUUGGAAAAGUACAAUGAGGUUGUUAAGUGUGCCGAAGAGGUCGGAAUCGAAUGCACGUUAUAUGACAUCGCGUCUAAAUCAAAUAUUCGUAGAUUUUUCGACCUGAUCCAUGACUAUCUCGUGGAUGAGAAGAGUGCCGAUCAUGCGCCCGUUUUCUAUCAAAAGUCCGUCCUUCAACCAGCUCUCGCCAAUGCGGCCAAGGUGAACGCAGCAUGGAACGAGGAAGCGAACCGCGUCUUAUACGACAAAGUGGUCCUGACAUCGAGCAAAAAUGCUGCGCUUUUCGCACUGGCUUUACAGACCCAUCCCGAACUUCGUCCUCUCGUGAAUUCAUUCAUAUUCACUCGCGCCUUCGCAGAUAGUGUGGAGGAGUGGAAGAAAAUGGAUAAUCACGACUUCCUCAAGCCAGUGUACGAUCUCUGCCCGAACCUAGACUGGGAGAAAGUCUCGUCAUAUGUCCUAUACAAGGAUUAUCAUCCAUCUCUGUGGUGGAACGGCGAAUUCAUCACUAGGCUUGACAUCAAGUCGUCCGCAUUUACAAAAAGCACACUCUUCCCGGAGGAGAAAAUCAUCUUUCCCCGCCUGGAAGAUUUGACUAUUCGGAACGGCUUGGUCAACAGUGAGAAAGGCAAACCACUUGUGUGGCCGCAAAUGCGAAACCUUCGGAGGCUGGCUCUGAUCGAAUGCUAUUUCGACGAUCCAGAAUUGAGUCUACCUGAGAUAGAUGACGGACCCGGAUUGCGCGAGCUGGAAAUCCUCUUCACGUUCCUACCUGAGUGGAUGGAAGAACAGGUGCCUGUGCCUUUCGACGGUUUCCCGUCGGUGUCAGUCCUUCGACUGGAUGCAAAAUACUUUAUGGAGAGGCACAAUUCCACUCCGACAGCAUUGCCACUGCCAAAACAACUUGUGAAGCUCGAUGUGGUUGGGCACAGAGAAGGAUUUACGAGUACGACUCCGAAACUGGAGCAAGCGAGGGCAAUGGUUUUCGCAAUCCUCGGUGAAAAUGCCAAGAAAGGUCUCUACCCUCAUCUCGAUACCAUUCAAUUGACUUGGUCUGGUGAGGGAAUAUGGAACGAUUCCGUCUUCGAAUUAGGUAAUAUGCCUAAUGAUGGCGGAGCUGAAGAGCAACAAGCUGAUUCCACUGAAUGGAAUCAAGUUGUAGUUGAGAAAUUCAAGGCUUCCCGACCUGGCGACGAAUCGUCUGAAGAGUCGGAGGAUCCGAGAUCUGCAGAGGGUUCUGUCUUCAAGCUGGUACAUCAUUGUGACCCACGACGUCGUUGGGAAGGAGCUGGAUCUAUUGUAGAUGGAAUAGUUGUUUUAGACGGACCUCCAACUGAUCUACAGGGGUAA